AUGGCUCAGCUUAUACUUGUAGUAAUUUUGGCAAUCUUGUUUUCAAGAAUAGUGGUUGCAUCAGCUGCAGCGUUUCCUAUAGCCAAACCAGGCUGCAAUAGUAGCUGUGGGGACGUUGAAAUCCCCUACCCUUUUGGCAUGACUGAAGGAUGUUAUCUUGAUGAACCUUUCCAGAUCAUCUGUAACACCUCCUUCAAUCCUCCUAAACCAAUUUCGCAAUUGAGUGAAAUCGAUGUUGCAAGAAUAUCCCUUGAAGGUCAAAUACAUGUCCUGCAAUUCGUUGCGCGCAAAUGUUUUAGUCAAUCCAGUGUGGUGCCCAGCAAACAUAUGGUAACCACAUUUUCACUCGCAAAAUUCACCCUAAACCAUACCCUCAACAAGUUUACAGCAGUAGGUUGUGACACAUACGGUUUUAUCAAAGGUUUUCAUGGUGUUCAGGGGUAUACUACUGGAUGCAUGUCUAUCUGCUACAGCACAGAGGAAGUUGUUGAUGGGAUAUGUUCAGGUGGAGGGUGCUGCCAGACAUCCAUCCCAAAAGGGACAUCAGAGUUUAGUUUGUCAGUGGGGAGCUUCCGUAACCACUCAGUUGUUGAGAACUUUAAUCCCUGCAGCUCCGUCUUUGUUGUUGAACAAGGUGGGUUCAACUUCUCUAUGGAUCUAUUGAGGGAUAUAGAAAAUGUGAAUAAACUCCCUGUAGCGCUUGAUUGGACUAUUGGGAAUGAGACUUGUGAAAUUGCUCAAAAGAACUUGGAUACCUAUGCCUGCCAGAAAAACAGCAAGUGCAUAAACGAUCCUGAACCUGAUAGUUAUCCUGGAUAUAGAUGUUCUUGCCUUGAGGGCUAUGAAGGCAACCCUUACAUUGCUUGUCAAGAUAUUGAUGAGUGUCAAGAUGAAAAUCUUAAUACCUGCACAUUCAAAAGCCUCUGCAAAAAUGAAAUAGGCGGCUAUAAAUGUUCUUGCCCAAAUGGAUAUCAGGGUGAUGGGAAGAUAUCACCUUGCCUCCCCAAAAGGAAAAACCAGCAGCUACUUGUUACUAGGAUUAUUGCAGGUAUUGCGCUCGUCACAGCAGCUCUACUUGCAUUUGGCUCCUGGUUAUACUUUGAAUUCAAGAGAAGAAAGCUAAUCAUCGAAAAGCAAAAAUUCUUUCAAGAAAAUGGUGGUUUGCUCCUGCAACAGGAACUAAUCAAGCAAAAAGACUGCACAAAUAUUGCCAAGAUAUUCACUGCUAAAGAACUUGAAAAAGCAACCAACAACUUUGAUGAAAAAAGGGUCAUUGGCCAAGGAAGCUAUGGCACAGUUUACAAAGGAAACUUGACAGAUUGCACUGUAGUAGCAAUCAAGAAAUCUAGAGUAGUUGAUAGAUCCCAAAUUGACCACUUCAUCAAUGAAGUUAUAGUUCUCUCCCAAAUCAAUCACAAAAAUGUGGUCAAGCUCCUUGGAUGUUGUUUAGAAAUGGAAGUCCCUUUGCUAGUUUAUGAAUUCAUCAACAAUGGAACACUUUUCGAUCAUAUGCAGGACAAAGCCAAGGCCACGGUUCUAUGCUGGGAUACUCGUUUGAGGAUAGCCACAGAAAAUGCAGGGGCGCUUUCAUAUUUGCAUUCUGCUGCUUCUCCUCCUAUUAUUCAUCGAGACAUAAAGUCGGUCAACAUACUCCUAGAUGAUAAAUACACCGCGAAAGUGUCAGACUUUGGAACAUCAAGAUUGGUACCCAUGAUUGAAUCUGAGAUACCGACAAUGGUGCAAGGAACAAUUGGCUACUUAGACCCUGAGUACCUGCAGACGAGUCAAUUAACAGAGAAGAGUGAUGUCUAUAGCUUUGGGGUUGUUCUUGUGGAGCUAUUGACAGGAAAGAAGGUACUGUGCUUUGAUAGAUCUGCAAGGGAGAGAAGUCUGGCGAGUUAUUUUCUUUCUUCAAUAAAGGAUAACCGUUUGUUUGAAGUUCUGGAUGAUAAUAUCGACACUGAAAGAAAUGCUGAGCAGCUGAAAGAAGUUGCUAUGCUGGCAAAAAGAUGCUUAAAUGUGAAGGGGGAAGACAGGCCAACCAUGAAAGAAGUAGCAUUGGAAUUAGAAGGAAUGAGUCUAUCAACGAGGCAUUCGUGGGUACAACAUCCUGCAACAGUUUUAGAGGAGAUGGAAUCCCUUCUUAGUGAUGUUACAAUCAUUCUUAGCCCCAAAAAACAUGUUCUUUUGCCGAUAAAUGAUGGCAGAUGA